AUGGAGGACUACGUGAAGGAAGUGGAGCGGAGGAUGAACGGUGUGCUCCUUCCAAAAUAUGGCACUGAUGAGUCCGAACAACCACCAACUAUCUACACGGUUCCCCAAGAGAUCAGAGGCGGAAAUGAGGAUGCCUACCUCCCAUUUGCGGUCAAGAUCGGCCCAUUAACGCGCUACGAGAACCGCAUGGGGUAUUAUUACGACCAGUACGAUCGCCUUCAAGACUACAAAUGGUGCUGUGUUCGCAGGCUCAUUGGCAGAAACCACCUUCUCCAGGAGCCUGACAGGACGCCAGUGCUCCUUCACCGGUGCCUCAACUCCUUGAGAAGCCUAGAGCCACGGAUCCGUGCAUCCUACCAAAACACAGAUAACAUCAAUGAGCAGGACAUGCUGCUAGAUGGAUGCUUCAUCCUUCACCGCCUACUCAAGUACGCGCACAUCGCAAAAAGAGAAGAAGCAUUGGAGGUGAAGGCAAGUACAGCUAAGGAUGAGGAAGAGGAGGACGACGACUGGACCCAGGUGUUCGGCAGGUGCUGGGUCUGGGGCUUUGUCACAUACGACCUGCUGCUGCUCGAGAACCAGAUUCCUUUCUUGGUCGUGCAAAGCUUGUUCCAUGACCUUCGGACAGACCCAGACGAGAGCAGCGACGUCCUCGUGCUGGGCGCCCAACGCCUCUUCCGCUCCCUCCGGCCACAGCCGCUGCAGUCUUCGCACAUCGCCUGCAGCAGUGUGCACCACCUCCUGCACCUCUUCUACCAAUCUGUUGGUCUUCCAGCCGCGACGCCCAAGCCUGACAACCUCCGCAGGUACAGGAUGCCACCGUCGGAGCUCUCUGAGUGGAUGCCAUGCGCGACGGAGCUGGAGGAGGCUGGCGUGAAGAUCCGGGCGCGACAGGGUGCAUCGAGCUUCCUCGACGUGGGGUUCGACGCCGGCUUCCUGGAGAUCCCGAUGCUGCAGCUGUACGACUACAGUGAGCAACUCCUGCGCAACCUGAUCGCCUUCGAACAGACCUACCCGCUCACGCCGGGCCACGUCACCGCCUACGCUAUGCUCAUGGACUGCCUCGUGGCCUCGUCAGAGGACAUGAGGCUGCUGCAGCUCAGAGGCGUGCUGAUCAACCAGAUGAACGGCGUGCGAGACAAGGACCAGACGGGGUUCUUCAGCCGCCUCUGCCACGGUGUACACAUUGCCGCCGACCGCAACUACCUCGGCGGUGUGAUCGCGGAGGUGAACAAGUACCAGCAGGCAAGGUGGCCCCGUUGGCGUGCGGCACUGGUGCGCAACUACUUCAGCAACCCAUGGGUGGCCACGUCGCUCGCUGCCGCUGUGUUCCUGCUGGCCCUCACCAUUAUGCAGACCUUCUUCGCUGCGUAUUCCUACUUCAAGCCACCCCAUUGA